CGAGUAUCACGUGCAAUAAUCGUACGAGAAGGCUAGCGCCGGAAGCACAGCUCUGAGUUGCCGAUACAACCAAAAUGUUUUUAAGCUCAAAGUCCCCCCUAUUGUUCCAGCGCCUCAAACCACACUCCUUGAACGACCUCGAUUUUCUUUUCUUUUGAUCCCGAUUUACAAUGGCGCCUGGCAAGGCUUCUAAAGCCCCUCCCACAGACGGUCGUACCUGGUCACAGAGCCUUUCAAUCCUUGCCGUUGUCGUUGCGCUGCUUUCAGUUGUCUACUAUUAUCUAGACUCACAUCUUGACUGGUUUUACAUCCUCUCACCUCCUGAAUUACACGAUCUGUCCUUGCGUGCUAUCGCAGCUCAUGGAAACGAUACUCGUUCAGUAGUCACCUACAUCGCAGAUGAACUUCAUGGCAAGUUUCCUGGAGGGUACAUCAAUUUGGACCAGGAAUGGAUCUUCAACAAUGCUGGAGGAGCCAUGGGUGCCAUGUAUAUCAUUCAUGCAAGCAUUACCGAGUACUUGAUAAUCUUUGGAACCACCGUUGGCACGGAAGGACACAGCGGUCGCCACACUGCAGAUGAUUACUUCCACAUCAUCCGUGGCACUCAGCUCGCUUACACGCCAGGAGACUUCGAGCCAGAAAUCUAUCCCCAAGGAAGUGUCCACCAUCUUCGUCGCGGUACCGUCAAACAGUAUAAAAUGGACGAAGCCUGCUUUGCCCUUGAGUAUGCUAGAGGAUGGAUCCCACCCAUGUUGUUCUUCGGAUUUGCAGACGGUCUUACCAGUACCCUGGAUAUUCCUACCUUGUGGAGGACGACUUGGGUUACUGGGAGAGAAAUGAUCUCGAAUUUGUUGAGAGGAAAGCUCUAGAUGAGCAUGGCCUGAAGUGGUUGGACGAGAAAGUCCUGUGACGACGGGGCUGUAAUGUAAUAGAUCCGAGGAUGUAAUUGUAUGGGAUGGUGCCUUUGCAAGUGGUGUAUUCAGAAAUGG